UAUCCUCCUCCGCCGAGCCAGUGGACCGGGACCGAGCGGCAGCCUCCACCGUGGACGGAUGAACUCGCAGAAAUGUCCCGGCACAUCUACACCCGACACGGGAUAGGCGACGGAGUCCAGAAGCCCAUAUUUCAGGUGAAUAGAGGCACCUACUCACGCCGCAGUCGACUUAAGAGAUCUGAUGGCAGUACUACAUCCACCAGCUUCAUCCUCCGCCAGGGCUCCGCCGAUUCCUACACUAGCAGACCGUCUGACUCGGAUGUCUCUUUGGAUGAGGAGCAGGGCGGCCGGCAGGAGAAAGAACAGCAGGCCACCGUUCAGCUGGAGAGGGCAAAGGCCAAAGCGGUGGCCUUCGCCGUGAGGACAAACGUCAGCUACUGCGGUGCCCUGGAUGAAGAUGUUCCUGUCGCUGGCACGGCCAUUUCUUUCGAUGCUAAAGACUUCCUUCACAUCAAGGAGAAGUACAACAACGACUGGUGGAUCGGGCGACUGGUGAAGGAAGGUUGUGACAUCGGUUUCAUUCCCAGUCCCUUAAAACUGGAAAACAUUCGCUUACAACAAGAGCAAAAAAGAGGCCGUUUCCAUGGGAAGUCCAGUGGAAACUCCUCCUCCAGUCUGGGUGAAAUGGUUUCAGGCACAUUCAAGCCCAACCCUGCUUCUGCAGGUAAACAGAAACAGAAAGUGGCUGAGCACAUUCCUCCAUAUGAUGUGGUUCCUUCCAUGAGGCCGGUGGUGUUAGUUGGCCCAUCACUAAAGGGAUACGAGGUGACAGAUAUGAUGCAGAAAGCCCUCUUUGACUUUCUGAAACACAGGUUUGAAGGCAGGAUAUCAAUCACAAGAGUAACUGCAGACAUCUCUUUAGCCAAGAGAUCUGUGCUGAAUAACCCUAGUAAGAGAGCCAUCAUUGAGAGAUCCAACACCAGAUCCAACCUGGCGGAGGUUCAGAGUGAGAUCGAGCGGAUCUUUGAAUUGGCCAGAUCCCUUCAGCUGGUUGUUCUCGAUGCCGACACGAUCAACCAUCCUGCCCAGCUCAUCAAGACUUCUUUAGCUCCCAUUAUUGUCCAUGUUAAAGUGUCUUCUCCCAAGGUAUUACAACGGCUGAUCAAAUCACGAGGAAAGUCUCAGAGCAAGCAUUUAAAUGUACAACUGGUGGCAGCAGACAAAUUAGCUCAGUGCCCUCCAGAGAUGUUUGACAUCAUUUUGGAUGAGAAUCAGCUGGAGGAUGCGUGUGAACAUCUGUCUGAAUAUCUGGAGGCUUAUUGGCGUGCAACUCACACUUCCCUCAGCACUCCACUAAACCCUUUGCUGGGCCGCAAUCUGGGCUCCACUGCACUCUCACCGUACCCCACAGCCAUCUCUGGACUACAGAGCCAAAGAAAUAAAAACAGCAAUCACAUCACAGACAACUCUCCAAUGGAGCGGCGCAGCUUAAUGACAUCUGAUGAAAAUUACCACAACAACGAGCGGCAAAAGAAGACCCACAACCGGCUGUCCUCCAGCUCCCAGCAGAGUCGGGACCACUACCCUCUGGUAGAAGAGGACUACCAUGAUCCCUACCCAGAUGCCUACAAACCGCACCGCAACCGGGGCUCUCCAGGGGGCUACAGCAACGAUUCACGCCACAGACUCUGAACAUCACAAUAUUGUGUACGUCCUUUCUGAAAACGCAGUGCAUUGUGUUCACUCCAGCACAGGUAAACAAGUAUGGGCCAUCUUAUCUAAAAGCAAACUCCAAGCGUCCGGUCACUACAUGUAAGCCAGAUGUUUGCGUGCUGAUUUUAUCGGGAGGAAGUCCUCUCCUGGUAGAGGGAUCUAUAAUUCCUGGUCCAUCCAGUUUCUGAUAAAAUAGUAAAUUUUCAGGACUUAAUGAAGGGGCAUGUUAAUAUUUAACCUGAACUACAGUAGUGCCGGCAUGCAGAAACGCUCAACAGUGCCAAUCGCCAAUCAGCACGGAGCCUUUUUGCACGAUUUCAGUAGCCAAUGGAAGUGUUAGGCAUUCACUGCUUUGUUUCUUCCUGUCUUAGCUAUUAUUUUAGAUGGUCUUCUUAUUUGCACAGACAGGGUCAGGUAUGCAGCAAAAAGCUUCAUAGGAGCCAAAACUGUUUUAUUAAAUGAUGAUAUACAUGUAUACAGUUGAAGUCAGAAUUAUUAGCCCUCCUAAGUUAUUAUUUUUCCCACAAAUCCUGUUUAAUGGGAAGAAGAUUUUUUUAACACAUUUCUGAACCUAAUAGUUUUAAUAACUCAUUUCUAAUAACUAAUUUCUCAUAUCUUUGCCAUGAUUACAGUACAUACUAUUUUAGUAGAUAUUUUUCAAGAUUGGAGGUUAGGGUAAUUAGGCAAAUCAUUG